UGGAGCUUCCAUGCGUUGAAGCUCGCAACCAGGCUGGCCUCAUGGAUUUGUACCUGAUUGGAUAUUUGCUGUGCGUGUGGCUGUGCGGCUCGCGGGUGCUCGGAGGCUAUCCCAUCUGGUGGUCGCUGGCCCUGGGGCAGCAGUACUCAUCUUUGGGCUCCCAACCCAUCCUGUGCGGCUCCAUCCCGGGCCUGGUGCCCAAGCAGCUGCGCUUCUGCCGCAACUACAUCGAGAUCAUGCCCAGCGUGGCCGAGGGAGUCAAACUGGGCAUCCAGGAGUGUCAACACCAGUUCCGCGGGCGCCGCUGGAACUGCACUACCAUUCAAGACAACCUGGCCAUCUUCGGACCGGUGCUGGAUAAAGCAACCAGAGAGUCAGCAUUUGUCCACGCCAUCGCUUCGGCCGGCGUGGCCUUCGCCGUGACGCGAUCCUGCGCCGAGGGUACGUCCACCAUGUGCGGCUGCGACUCCCACCACAAGGGACCGCCCGGGGAGGGCUGGAAGUGGGGCGGCUGCAGCGAGGACGCCGAGUUUGGCGUGCUGGUCUCCCGGGAGUUCGCGGACGCCCGGGAGAACCGACCGGACGCCCGCUCGGCCAUGAAUCGGCACAACAACGAAGCGGGACGCACGACCAUCCUGGACCACGUGCAUCUACGUUGCAAGUGUCACGGCCUGUCGGGGAGCUGUGAGGUGAAGACGUGCUGGUGGGCCCAGCCCGACUUCCGCAUGCUGGGCGACUACCUGAAGGACAAGUACGACAGCGCCUCCGAGAUGGUGGUGGAGAAGCACCGCGAGUCCCGCGGCUGGGUGGAGACCCUACGCGUCAAGUACGCCUUCUUCAAGCACCCCACCGAGCGCGACCUGGUCUACUACGAGGGCUCGCCUAACUUCUGCGAGCCCAACCAGGAGACGGGCUCCUUCGGGACGCGGGACCGUGCCUGCAACGUGUCGUCACACGGCAUCGAGGGCUGCGACCUGCUGUGCUGCGGUCGCGGGCAUAACACCCGGACUGAGAAGCGCAAGGAGAAGUGCCACUGCAUCUUCCACUGGUGCUGCUACGUCAGCUGCCAGGAGUGCCUGCGCGUUUACGAUGUACACACGUGCAAAUGAACCAACGGGGGUGGGUGGACUGGACUACGAACCUUUCGGGGUUCUUGCACGGCAUCCCGCCUAUUUUGUAGCCAACAUCCGGUCCCUGACCCGGUGGACGCUUCUGACCUUCCCCUAGCUUCACCUCCCCCAUUGUCUUUAUUUAUUUCCCCUCUGUGCCAAUCACAUGUACAGUAACACACAGAUGCAGUCAAAAACAAACAACACAAGACUAUUUGCUUUGGAAGUUUAAGAAAUGAGUGAAAUUUCAGGCUGAACCUAAAAUGCACUUCAAUCUCUUGAAUGCAACUUGGUUCAUCAUGAAAAUUCACCCCAAAGCUAAAUUCUUUUUUUGCAGCAUUGGACUGCUUUUAAAACUAAAUCAACCUCUUAAAAACAAAAAAAGGUGACUUGAGCAGGGUGGCCUGGGGAAGCGGGCCAGGCCGAGCCGAGCCGGGCCUCAGCGCGUUAACUACUGAAACGGGACUGCGGGUGUUCAAAACUACUGAGCGGAUGAGAGACGCUAACGCGGCCCCCGCAUUGCUGACAUAUUAGCAUUGGGCCGGGACUGCAGGUAUGCAGGAGGGAGCAUGUGUGCGAACAGGCAAGCUCAUUCCACAUUUCAGCCAAACUCCACUCUGCAGAAUCGCAACAAGGAUUUCUGUUUUGUUUGUUUUUUCUACUAAACUGGUUGCGACGCAAGCGAUCGGAGAUCCUGCCGCAAUCCGGCCGCAAAGGCGAGAAAGCACAAGAAUGAUGGUGGUUUUUUUGCAAAAAGGGGAGGGGGAGUGGCUGCAAACCUGCAAGAUUUGCAGACAUGUAUUCAACAUAGUGGAGCAAAUGUAGCUGACACGUGCGCUAGCUUAGCUUAGCAUCUUCCCACACACAGGCUUCCUUUACCACCCGCUAUAUCCAAAGUUUUGUACAAAUGUUGUAAAAGUGAAUAAUUCCCUCUUGAUUUUAUAAUCGUAAAUGUUAUGUUUUUAUAAAUAUUAUUUAUUAUACAAUGUAUAUAUAUGUAUGACUGAACCAAGAUUAUAUAUUUGAACGACAA